AUGUCCGAGCGCGGACUCCCGCAACAGCCACCUCCACUCGCUCUCUUGUCCCUCGUGCCGCGGACCCGCAGUGCAAAGGACGUUGCGGCUCACGUUGGCAACCGCCACCUGCUCUGGGCACCGAACGGAGUCGAUGUCGCACUUGCUAUUGGGCACUUCCGGUCCACCGCCAACUCUGGUACACUGGCUUCGAUCGGACGGAAUGCCGACAUUGUCGUCUGUAGCCGAAGCAUAAGCCAAGUGCAGUGUGUUUUUGAGCUUCAUCCCAAGACUGGGUUUUUCAUCGUAUAUGACAAGUCCAGACUGCAGACCACCCAGGUAUUCGGGAAAAACUGCACACCUUUCACGAGAGAGUCACGUUCAACGGCCAUCGAAUGCGGCGAAAAGGUACAGCUCGGGUUCGGCGGCGUGGAAGGCAAUGUCUAUCUUUUUGAUAUUCUGUGGCAUGUCACUGAAGGGCAACUCAGGGCCCGCCUCACAAAGCCGGUGAGGCUGCAAGACAACCCUCGGCUUGCGUUGACCGCCGAGGAAAUCGACAUGGGCCCGACGCAGCUGCAGACCCCGAGCCAUGGGAUGAAGACGCGCAUACACGUGCCCGCAGCGCGAAGGCCCAACUAUAAGACAUUCGAAUCACUCGGAUCCGGCACCUUUGGACAAGUCUUUCGAGCACUGGACAUUGAUCUGAAUACCUCGGUCGCGGUCAAGGUGUUCAGAGCUCCACAGAUGGACAGCCAGAUGUACGACGAUUUCUACACAAUUUUGAAGCGAGAGGUGGAGACUUUGUAUCGAGUGAAGCAUGACAACAUCAUUCCAAUAAUUGGGACAGAGAACCUCAGCACCAGCCAGCCCCGCCUGUUCAUGCCGUUGAUGGAUGGAAGUCUGGAGUCGCUUGCGACUCGUGAGUAUCAGGCGCGCUAUGAGCACUGCGAGCUGAUGGUGCCGCACAUGCUCCAGGCCCUCGACUAUCUGGACGUUCACGGCGUGAUCCAUCGCGACAUAAAGCCAGCCAACAUUCUCUACAAACGCGAGGCGACCGGUUACCGAUUCGUCCUGGGAGACUUUGGCCUGUGCAAUAAUGUGAAUUUGGCGGCAACUACUGGGAAAGGCACCCCUCUUUACAUGGCGCCAGAAAUCCUCCAUGGCAAGACGCACUUGCAAUCAACACGGUCGGACAUCUGGUCACUUCUCGUUACGAUCCUCUGGACGAUAGAUUUGGCAGACAUUCGAAAGGUAUCCAGAGCCGUGAAUCAUCAUUCGGAGCGGGACAUGAGAAACUGGUGGGCUCGUGUGCGUGCUACAGCAAAUGACAUUGCAAGCUGGAAGUCAAUGUGCGAAGAAGACCCCGCGCGGCGUCCGUCGGCGGCGGAGCUUCUUUGCAAGCAAUUCGGCGGCCGUGGGCUCACCACGCCGUCGCGGCGCAUCCAGGUUCCAGGAGUGCAGGUCACACCGCCGGAGCAGGCCCCGCGGCAACGCGUUUCAGGGAUGCAGGCCACGCAGGUGACGACAUCGAAGGAGGCCCCGCGGAUCUCGAACAUGAUGGAUUUGGACUAUGAUAUGACGUCGCAAGUAUCCGCCAGUUCAAAAGGGAAAGGGCCGGCGAGGUCCUCCCAGGAUCGCACGCCUCGUUCACAACGCAACGGCACUCGCAGCGGGCAAGAUUACACGCCCGAUAUGCGACCGGGCCCGUGUGAUGACGGCAAGCGGUCGCGGGGUCUCCGAAAGUUCUUCCAUUAG